AUGGCGUCCUCCAAGUCGAACGAGAGCUCUUUAGAGCAAGUUUACGACUUGAAGGGAGAAACUGUCCCAGUUACCCUUGCGGUCGAGGAUGAACUCAGUUCUGGUAGCAACUCUAUUGCCGACGACAAGACAUUUCUUCGUGUCCAAGGUGAGGAGAACUACGUCCCCAUCGAAAGAUGGGAAGGUCGCCAUCGUUUCGAUCCCUCUUUUGAGUGGGAACCGGCCGAGGAGAAGAGAAUCGUCCGCAAGAUCGACCUCAAGAUCUGUUCUUGGCACUUCAUCCCCGAUACCAUUCUUUAUUUGUCGUACUAUUACAAGGGCAGAGAGCUUCCUGCACGCUUGGCCUGGUUUUGGACCGCAUAUCAAGCGACAUCAAUCGUCGGCGCGUUUCUGGCUGCUGCCAUCCUCAACAUGCGCGGCAUAAAUGGCCUCGCAGGGUGGGCCUGGCUGUUCGCUCUCGAGGGAACACUUACAGGACUCAUCGGCAUCGCCACCUACUUUUACUUACCCCCUUCGCCGUAUCAGACCGCCUCGUGGUUCCGCGGCAAGAAGGGUUGGUUCACGGAGCGAGAAGAAAAGAUCAUCGCCAAUCGUAUUUUGCGUGACGAUCCGAGUAAAGCCGACAUGCACAACAGACAAGCCGUGACGCCAAAACUACUCUUCUACGCCCUUUGCGACUGGGAGAUGUGGCCCAUCUACGCCAUUGGGUUGACCUUCCUGAUCCCCAACUACCCUGUUACGUCGUAUUUGUCGUUGAUCCUCAAGCAAUCCUUUGGCAGAUUCGAGGUCAAUAUGCUCACGAUCCCUUCAUACGUGCUCUUCAUCAUCAACCUGCUCGUUUUCACCUGGUUGUCUGAGAAGACAAACCAGAGAUUUCUUGUUGCACUACUCAGUCAGAUCUGGUGUAUGCCCCUGCUCAUCGCAUCGGAGCUUUUGCCCGGGGAGGCGUCCCGAUGGGUGAAAUACACGUUGGCCACUCUCCUCGUGGGAACUCCAUAUGUGCACGCCAUCCACGUAGCGAUCACUAGCCGCAACGCUGGUUCGGUGCGAACGAGGACGGUGGCUUCGGCGUUGUACAAUAUGUUUGUGCAAGCCAGCAACAUCAUCGGGUCAAAUAUCUUCAGAACGGACGAUGCGCCUCAGUACAGACGUGGCUAUAAGGUCCUUAUCGGUAUCUGCGCGUACAAUAUUGUCCUGUUCCUCCUUGCCAAAUGGUUUUAUAUCUGGAGAAACAAAGUCCGUGACCGGAAGUGGAACUCCAUGACGGAGGAUGAGCAACGCCACUACCUUGCAACAACGACGGAUAAGGGAAACAAGAUGCUCACCUUCAGGUUUGCACAUUAG